AUGACACGUCUCAAACAAAAUUUUCCAUGUAUUAGGUAUUAUAUGGUGGCAAAUGUUAUAGCAUGUGCUUAUGCAACCUUAUCUUUUAUUAUUGCUCUUGCAAAUGGAUACAAAAGCAAAUUGUUGGUGAAAUUGAUCACUCUACUUUAUGCAACAAUGGUAGAUUUACUCUUCUCUGGAAAUGGCGUUGCCUUGGCUAUUGGUGUUCUUGCCAAGCAUGGAAACUCACAUGUGUUAUGGAACAAAGUGUGCAAUGUUUUUGACAAGUUUUGUAACCAAGUUGCUGCUUCAUGUUUGAUUUCACUUCUUGGAUCAUUAGUAUUCCUCUUGCACUUGUCAUUCUUCCUGCUUUGA